CGGCUUCAUUAAUGUAUUCAUUUUGGCUUUACCACCUUGCGUCUCUCUCUCUCUCUCUGUGAAUUGCUCACAUUUAGCCAACUUUAAAGAGCACCAAAAUAUUACACUCACCCAUAAAGAGAGAGAGAUGGGAAGAGCUCCAUGUUGUGAGAAAGUGGGGUUGAAGAAGGGGAGAUGGACAGCUGAAGAAGAUGAAAUCUUGACCAACUACAUUCAAGCCCAUGGUGAAGGCUCUUGGAGAUCUCUCCCCAAGAAUGCAGGUUUAUUGAGGUGUGGCAAGAGUUGCAGACUGAGAUGGAUAAAUUACUUGAGGUCUGACUUGAAAAGGGGGAACAUCACAGCUGAAGAACAAAGACUCAUUGUGCAGCUGCAUGGCACUUUGGGUAAUAGGUGGUCUCUAAUAGCGGGGCACUUGCCGGGGCGGACCGAUAAUGAGAUCAAGAACUACUGGAACUCCCAUUUGAGCCGGAAAAUUUACAGCGUCGUGCGGGCAUCGACGUCAUCGAGGAUCAAGCCCCCGUUACCUGCCCCCAUGAAUGCCGUCAAGAUAGCUGGCACAGGCAAGAAGGGAGGAAGGACAAGUAGGUCAAGCAUGAGAAAGAGAAGCUUCACAUCAAUGUCACUGGAGAGGCCCAACCACAGUACUGCCCAUAAAGAUGAGAAAGGCGAGGAAGCACAAGCACCCAUUAAAGGGCAAGUUGGAGUGAGCCAAAUCAUGAGCUCAGAGCCCUCAUGGGUCCCAAACAAGAAAACAGCAGUCCAUGAGAGCAACAAGGAUGUUGUUCAUGGCUCUCGUAUCGACACGGUCGCCGGGCUCAAUAAUGAAGUAGCGGUGGAGACGAAGGGGCUGUUGUCAGGACCAUGUGGGUGGUUGGACAGCGAAAUAAUGAGACUUGAUUGUAUGCUGCAGAUUGAGGAUGUUGGUGACCUGAAGUCGGAGGGCAAGAAUGGGGUGGCGGGUCGCUGUGAGGAGAGUAAGAACGAGGUUGCGGUGAUAGAGAAGUUGAUACCGGUGACAGAGGAGACAGAGAGCAGCAUCUGGAGCUCGAAAUCGAAUGCCGAGAGCAGUACUGGGGACUGGAAUGUCUCCUCUUCGUCGAUGAACAACAAUAAGUACAAUAAUGACUCGGGGCUCGAUGGAUGGUUCGAUUGGGAUUGGGCAGGCGGAGUCGGUUGCCGCGAUAAUCAGUGGGACAAUGAAGAUAAAAUGUUGUCCUGGUUAUGGGACAGCGGCAACGGUGAAGCAGAAAAUGCCAGCGAUAAUAUCGUAGGAUGAAACGUGAGCCACUUAUGUGACCUCAUCAAGAAUGUUAAUGAGGUUCAUCACCGCAACCAUUUGGAAAAUCGCUAAGAGAUCACUCCGAAAGUCGCUUCAUCUGAUCCCUAACGUGUUACUUGUCAAAUGAAACUGAUAAUAUAUUCUCCUCUUCCAUCUUUCUAUUCCAGAUUAGGAUGAUGCCUAUAGGAAAUGAAGUUGCAAUCUCCUUAUGCAGAAGAAAUGAUUUUAAGUGCUUGAAAUUGUAUGGUUCUAGUAUUCCCCUUUGCCAACACUAAUGAGUUUAUCUUUAAGGCACGUUCAAUGGAGCUUAAUUGCGAAAC